CUUGGCUGUGCAACAACACCGUAGUCGCUGCCGAGAAGCGGACAGCUCUCAUCUUUUGCGUUUUAUUUUUAAACCAGAGUAAACUCUUCAUCACUAGCCUGAAGCGAACGACAGAGGAGUUGUCGAAUAUGGUCUGUGGCGGUUUCACCUGUUCCAAAAAUGCUCUCUGUUCCCUGAAUGUGGUUUACAUGCUGGUUGGGCUGCUGCUAAUUGGAGUAGCAGCAUGGGGGAAAGGAUUUGGCUUGGUGUCGAGCAUCCACAUUAUUGGAGGAGUCAUUGCAGUGGGCUUCUUCCUGUUGCUCAUUGCCAUUGUAGGCCUCAUCGGAGCGAUACACCACCACCAAGUGAUGCUUUUCUUUUACAUGGUGAUUCUUUUCAUCGUCUUCCUCUUCCAAUUCGGAGUUUCCUGUUCUUGCUUGGCGAUGAACCGUGGGCAGCAGGAGGCUCUUCUGAACUCUACUUGGGGAAUGUUGGAGAAUAAGACCAAGACAGACCUAGAGAGCCAGCUGAACUGUUGCGGACUGCUCAAUGUGACCGACAGCCGGCCACAGUUUGAGCUGGAUGUGCAUAACUGCCCUGCUUCAUGCAAAAAGACAACUGUCUGUAACUCCUGUGGGGAUAGAAUGUUGAAUCAUGCAUCAGAGGCUCUGAAGAUCCUUGGGGGUGUAGGCCUAUUCUUCAGCUUCACAGAGAUCCUCGGAGUGUGGCUCGCUGUGCGCUACAGAAACCAGAAGGACCCAAGAGCAAAUCCAAGUGCUUUCCUAUAGUCUGCUCCAUAUAUGCAGUUGUCGUGCCACAGAUGUAUUUUCAGACACACUGGCACACACACACAGAGUAGUUGCACAUUUAGAGGCAGAGGCAUAUGAUACAGAGCCACACCUACUGAAACAACACAGAAUGAACAGAAGUGCACACAGCGUCUGACAAACACUGAGAAUUCACCACAGAAACACCUUCACCUGAUUUCUCACCUGUCCAGAUUUUUUAUUUUUUGCCAGUGCUGAAGCUGGGAGACCCGGAUACUCUUGUAUGAAAGGAUGACUUGUAAUACCAAGGUUGGUAUCACGACCCAGCCUUGAUUUGAGUUCCAGAUUUCCUGUUUUGCAGCCUGCUAUGUUCCAAAUAUGUAACAAACAAUGAGACAGCUCUGCAUGUGUCACCCGUACACCCGCACAGUCAAAAAGCCUCUCAUGAUUAAGUUCUACACACAAACCAAGUGACUGAGUGUUGUCCAACAGAUAAAACCUGUAUGCACCUUGAAGUUUCCCUCUUGUCGCUAAUAUAGUGCCGCCAUGUAAUGACAUGUAUGUUCCUCUGGUCAGUGCUGUCAGUGACGUGUUAAACAGUAAACCCAAACAUUUUCAGUUUGAUGAGAAAAUCAGCUGAAUGGGGGGGAGAGAGAAAGCACCUACUGGACAUGUGGUGUGAAGUAGUUUUGUUAAAUGUGUGUGUUUGUUUUCAGAUGCCACAAAUGCCGGAUUUUAACAAGUUUAAGGUGUAUAAGAGUAGAUUUUAGGUGAUGUAGUUGCUAGUCAUUCUGGUUCUUGUAUUUAUGAACUGUAACUGAGCCAACUAACUUUUAACAGUCAGAUUUUAGGCUGCCAAUGGACUGCAGCCUUGGUGUUGUACAUACUAUUAAAAAUAAUGUAGUUCACAGAGUUCAUCCUUGGUGGGUUUUCCAUGUAUCCUACACCUGUCAAGUUUUGAGGUUUGCCUGCUUAGUUAAGGUCUUAAAGGGCCACAAUAAUUCACCCUUCCUGUGUUUGAUAAUGCUCCUCUGUGUUGCACAGUGAUAUUGCUUAGAAUAGAUUCUGCUAGUUGUGGAUUCAGGUACGCCCCAUUUCCCUUGUGUAACUGGAAGAAAACACAAAAAUGAAAACAAAAAAAAGAAGAAAGAAAGGAGAAUAUGUGCUGUUUGAUUUUUAGAUAAUUUGGGGGAUGUGGUCAAAACUGAUAAUUGCAAACCCAGGUUUGUUUGUAUGUUGAAUGUGAAAAUAAUCUCCUCGUUGCAAUUUUUUAUUUUUUUUUGCUCUUAUUUUGAUGGUUUCUUUGUGUGCAAAAUUGUGUUCUCUGUUGCCAUCAGCUGUUUUCGUUCAUCAGUGUUAAAUGCUUUGUAAAAACUUGUUAAAUAUUUUCAGGAUCUAUUUAAAUUAAGUCUGAUGCCGCACAUUAGAUAAAAGUCAUGUUCUCGUUUUGACUAUAUCCUUUUUAAUGCAUAGCUUGAUGUUUGACUUUUUCCUGCUAAUUAAUGUUUUUCUCUCUUUUGAAAUGGUUUUAACUUAAAGGACUAACGCCAACUCAAAUAACAUGUCUUACUUGAACCUGUCAACUUUGCUGAUAUGGAUUUCCUGCUGCUGGUUUGGAAUUAUUGCUGGUGUAAAGAGGCAGUACUGCAGAUCUUAAACAUAUUAAGCAUUAUGCCAUAGAUUACACAUUACUUUGAAUUUGUGUGCACUUGUUAUUCAAAUGUAUCUUGAAUUUUUGAGACUUAAUUUUCCAAAUAAAAAAACCCAAAUUGGAAA